UGUGUGGGGAAUCAGUAUAAAAAUCUGACACUGCUACAGUCAGAGUGUAUUUUACCUCUCAGUGUUGACCUGGAGUGAGAAGGUGUCUCAUCAUGAAGCGGCUCUUAGUGUUCACAUGUGCGUGCUUCAUUCUGUCUCAGAGCUACGCAGCGCCAGUCCAUAAAGAUGUUAUAGAUCAUCCUGAAGAUUCCCAUUACAGUGCCAAGUAUGACCGCUGUGAGGGCAUCGAAUUUGAUGCCAUAGCCCCUGAUGAGAAAGGAAGCGCACUCUUUUUUAAAGGUGACCAUUUAUGGAAUGGGUUUUCAGGCUCUGCUGAGCUUGCAAAUCUUACAUUCCAGGAAUUAGAUGAAUAUCAUCACCUGGGUCAUGUGGAUGCAGCCUUCCGCAUGCACAAUAAAGACGAGGAAGACAACAAGCACCAUGACCAUGUUUUCUUCUUUCUGGAUGACCAAGUCUUCAGUUACUACAACCACACUCUGGAGAAAGGCUUCCCUAAGGAGAUCCAGCAGGUGUUCCCAGGUGUUCCCAGUCACCUGGAUGCAGCAGUGGAGUGUCCAAAAGGAGAGUGCACCACAGACUCGGUCCUGUUCUUCAAGGGACAUGAUGUGUACAACUUUGACAUCAAGACAAAAACUGUGAAGAAUAAGACAUGGGAUCACUUGCCUGUUUGUACAUCUGUGUUCCGCUGGCUCGAGCACUACUACUGUUUCCAUGGUCACAACUUCACUAGAUUUCAUCCCUUGUCUGGAGAAGUUGAAGGGAAUUAUCCCAAGGAUGCUAGACGCUACUUCAUGAAAUGCUCAGAUAUAGGUCACGGGGCUGGGCACAGAAGGCCUCAAUGUAAACUUGAUGCCAUCACCACAGACAGCACUGGCAAAUCAUAUGCAUUUAUAGAGAAAAUGUACAUUAGAUUGGACACACUUCGUGAUGGCAUUCAUCCCUUCCCUAUUGCAAGAUCAUGGAAGGAAGUUUCAGGACAUGUAGAUGCAGUGUUCUCGUAUGGGGACAAAAUUUACAUCAUCCAGGGUGAUCAAAUCUAUAUCUAUAAAUCAGCAGCACAUUACACACUCAUAGAGGGCUAUCCUAAACCGCUAAAGGAGGAGUUGGGCAUCGAAGGACCUGUGAACGCUGCGUUUGUAUGUGACAAACAUGUUGUACAUGUUAUACAAGGUCAAAAAAUGCUUGAUAUUGAUCUGGAAGCAACCCCCAGAGCUGUGAUGGCCGAGUCUCCGCUGCCCUUCCCAAAGAUUGAUGCUGCUACAUGCCACACUGAUGGUGUGAAAGUGUUUGUUGGUGGAAAAUACUACCUGUACCAGAGCCCGAUACUGCUUGCAACAAGCAAGAUUUUGCCAGAACCCCACAAUAUGUCAUCUGAAAUGUUUGGCUGUGAAGAGUAAAAGCUUCACAUGAGAUGUAAAUGCUGUUCAGUCAAAUUUACUACUCUGAAUAAACAUUUCAGGUCAUAUCUGUUA